AGUUCACCAUUCCCUGUUCCUCCUCCAUUCAGCAUCAGGUCUCUGUGCUCUUCCUCUUGCUUGCUCCAGCAAAGGCUUUGUCAAUACUCCAGCAAGAUGUGCUCUCGUGGGCCCUGCCACAGCCAUGAAACAUCCUGCCAUGGAUCCCGGUCUUCCUGCCACAGAUCCCACUCCUCCUGCCACGACUCGGAGUCCUCCUGCCAUUACACCAUCCAGAGGCAGCCUGUGCAGAAAUACACCUACGUGACACCCUGCUGCCCCCCUGUGCAGCCCUAUUGCCCCCCCGUGCAGCCCUACUGCCCACCCAUGCAGCACUAUUUUCCCCCAGCCCCGUACUGCUCCCAGUACACCAAGAACAUCUGCAAGCUGCCGCCGACAUGCCCCAAGUACUAACAGCAGGAUCUGGCCCCGGCACCUGGACCCACCGGCUCGCUCCUCCCUUGGACGCUGUGGCCACAGAUCAUCUCAUCCUUACAGAAAUCCCUGGGUCUCUGCCAUGUGCAUCACCGCUGAUCUGGAUGAAAUGUUCCUCUAAUUAUCAUUCAAGAUGUCAUUCUUUCUAAUUAUUCAGGAAAUGUCCUUUCUAAUUAUUCAGCAUGUAAUUACUGUUGGGAAUCUUUCUAUGCCGUGCACUUCUGUUUCAGACUCAUUUGGGUGUGGGAAAGAAUAAAUCUUACAAGUCAUGAGA